AUGGAAGAGAAACAGCAAGCAAGCACCAGCGAUGGUGAGGCUCUCAGGGACAGUCAGCGCGAGUCGAUGGUCGCGGGUGCUCUUGGUCUAGGCGGUGGGAAGUGGGCUUCAAAACCCCUCAGGAUCUGGCGGGUUGGCAGUGCUUGGCGGUGCAGAUCACCACCAACGUCUCCGACGCAGGGACGGUCUUGCGACGUGGACAAGACGGACUAUUUCAUGCAGCACGCGGACGCGGAAAGGCUUCCUUAUUGCUUGGUACUUGGUAUCUGCUUAGUCCAGAUUUGCGUGCACACGUCCAACAGCGAGCGUGAAUUGAUGAACUGA